AUGGAUCAGCCCAUCACCCGAACAGCCCAUUCUACCUUAGAAAGUUCUCCCCAAGAACAUCUUCUUAAACAAACAAAACCAACCGAUUGGAGCUCCAUACACCACCCCGAGGCUGGAGGGUCCUCUGUCUCUACUGCAAACACGUCACCUGCUUGGGCCCAGUACCAGUUCACCAGCAGCAGCAGCUCCAGCAGCGGCAGCGUCACGGGUUGCUGCACGCCUCUUUACUGCAGUCUCAGUCCGACCCCCACCCCAGCAGCGCUCCACUUGGGCCCUUCCUUUUCUGCAAACGAAGAACCCAGCUCUCCUGAGCCGCCAGACUUUUUCGGAGAGGAAAGCAGACGGCAAGGGGAAGGAACCGCAAGAGCUGCAGUUGCAGCAACUGCAGCUUCAACGGCCUCUGCUAGAGCAGGUGCCACAGCAGAAGCGUGGAAUAGCUCGCCCUGUGCGGCGUCUCCCAAUGCGGGUAGAGUCAGGCGUCGUUGGUCUUUGUUGUUGAAUGAACAACCGCUGUCUGUGACGUCGCUGCCGCUGGAGGUGCAAGCGGCGCUCCAGCAAGAUCGAGGAACCUCCUGUCGCAGCUCCUCUGUGCCUGAAUGGUUUGACAUUCAGACUGGCUGUAUAAAGAAAGAACUGUUGCCACAGCUUCCGUCCUUUCGCUCCACUCUCAACACUUCCGUCGCUCGACUGUCUGCGGCCUCCCGUGUGCACCACAGAGUCCGGUGGCCAGGAGAACCUGCUAAGGCUACCACUGCGAGUACGCAGCAACUGCACCCCAAACUAGAAUCUGCAGCAGCAGCAACUCGAAACGCCCUUGUGCCUUCAGCAGCAGCAGUACCAGGUGCAUCAGGGCCUGUUCCUGGCGCACUAUUGCGCAGGAAGUCGGACUCGUUUGCUCUCGCUCUUCAUUCCCGAGGCUCUUCCCCCACAGAGUUGAGGAGCAUCAGCCACAAUUUUGCCCAUGAAUCCACUCCUACUGCCUCACUUGGUGCAGCAGAUGCUACAGCACAACCGCAGCGUUGCCGCCGCGUUCGUUUCGCGACAAUGCCUUCAGCGGUGGAGUACAGAGAGCCGUCCCCGUACGGAAGGUCAGGAGGGGCUUCACCUCCUACCUCCCCAAGGGGGGUUUACUUGCCUGCUCCAAGUGCCGCUCAUAUUUCCUCUCCGCAAGAAGCAGAAGCAGCAGCUGCAUCAGCCCCAACCGCCGCGAGAGGUGGUGGUAGUGUGCACAGCACAUCCACACUUUUGAAAAAAAUGACGCUGAUGAUACAACGGCUCCUCGACUACCCGCCGCUGCAGCGGCAUCACCAAUCCAAGGAUAGUUUACAAGACAGUCUACGGCUAUUUCAUGCCUUUGGGGAAGAGUGUAUGGGUCGGCAUCCUUCGUUGAGCUAUUUUGGCGACUGUUUGGAACGUUGCGAACAGUUGGUUAAAACAAAGCUGCCGGAAGAAGAAGAGGGGCCUCUUAAAGACCUUGUGCAGACAGCUGCUGCUUCAUUGCUCUCCCGAGAAGCCGUUCUCAAGCUGCAUCGAAUGCGGCUGCAGUUGCAACACCCACCAGAAAUGGAACUCUUCCUCACUCCUCUCGAGACGCUGCAGGCAAACUACCUAAUGGCUUUACAUAGAUAUAGCUACACUAAGACACCCACAGUAAAGUAUAAGUAUAUGGACAUCACAAGAAACCCGCGCGUGAGGAUUUAUGACAGGCGGAGAGCCACUUCGGGGCUUCGUCUCCACGCAGCCACUGCUGACGAGGCGCUUUUAGAGGGCGAGAUGCGCACAAACCCCAAUGUCUUUCUCUUGGCGGCUGCCUGUGCAGCAUUCAUCGUGAUGCAGCCGAUGCUGUUUCGGCAACUGCUGCAAGAACAACAACAACUACAACAGCGGCACCAGCAGCCUUCUACUGAAGUUGUCAAUGAAGGGAAAGGGUUUUGCCUGCGGCGUUGUGUCCACCCGGCGGUGGCAUUUGAGCCAAACUCCUCGUGCCUUUGCAGCGUCUGUGCUGCUACAGCUGCAGCAGCUACUGCAGCAGAUGCAGGAGCAACGGGAGUCUGCACUGCAAGGUUCAACGUGUCCGUUUACUUCUGGUUUAGCGUUGCCAGAGAAAAGCUUCGAUUUGCAACAAGUGGGUUUAUGCGUCUUUUGGUUCUGCGGCGUUCUGCGGCGUCUGGAAUUUUGUGUCGCAUUGCUGAGGCACCGGUGCGUAAUGUAGCAAUUGCAACCGAGUCGCAGCUGUUCAAAUGGCCAUCUGUUAAGGAAUUGUUGAAUAAGUCCAACACCGAUAAUGCCUCUUUCCGGAGGCGGGAAUACGCAAGGAGCGAGAAAACGAAUAAAGUUGGUGUUGACAAAGGGGCACGCAAACAAGGACUAAUGCGAGUUGUGGAGUGGGCAGACACAGGAGAGCCCUGGAGUUGCAGAGGCCUUGUAGAACAGGAGGUUUUUGUUCAAGAAGGCGACUUCUUUGUUGUCGCAGAUGAAAUAUUGUUUGAAGUAGUGACAUGCGAGGAAAUGCGUCAUUUGUUUUCCUGUUGUCUGGCAUCAGUAGAGGGCGAAGACGCGACUGACGUUUCCCUGUGCAUCGCCCCCUCUUGUCUUUGCUUGCUUCUUAAACGCUUGUGGCGGCAACGCGUACCUCAUUUGCAGGUUCUCUUGAACAAAUUGGAAGAAAGAAAACAAAAGCUAGUUGUGCAGGCCGCCGGGAGAAGAGGCGUGAACGGGACUCUCGACGCCUACCCCCUCGACCUUUCCAUAGCAGCAGGCUGGCUGCGCAAACCCCGCACAAAGGACACAAAUGCGCAGACAUAUACGAACCAAAAUGCAAACACUGAGGCAGAUAUCAGCAUAAGGGCAGGUCCAAAUGCAGAGGCGGAUACGUAUACGGACCCAAAUACAUAUUCGGAUCCUUCCAGAGAUAGCUGA